CCUCCGUCUGUCCACCCUGUGUCUCUACAGGGCCUAUCGGGGCACCAUGGUAACAGUGAGCAGUGCUGCGACUGGUUGUUCCUUCCUGUCAGCCUGAUGGCCACGCUUCUUUAGGCUACCUGCAAGACAUGGCCUAGGCCGUGCCACACAGGCCUAGGCUGCAUGCUAUGCAUGUGUUGGCACUGAGGAACCUAGACUUACUGUACGAGCAGGCAGGGUCCAUCUUGGGUUGAUAUGGGGAGCUUAAUGUGAGAGAAGACAUUUAGAAUGGUAGCAAACACACACACACACACACACACACACACACAGGCCUGGAGUGCUGAAGACCGGAGUUACGAGGCCUAAGUUCCCUCUCUCCCUCUUGGCCACUCUUGGCAAACAGCAGAUGUGCCACAUUCAUCUUCACAUUUGCGUGUUCAAUAAUAAUUGAUGUUUUUAGCCUCUCUGUUUUCCCCAGGAGAGACAUGUGAAAUGUCUGAUGUCAAAGCAGCCUUGCUGACGUGACCUCUCUCAGGUCUAUCUUUGUUUAUAUGGGGUGGAUAGGACCUAGGAAUUACCAAGCUAUAGUUAGUGUACUUUGCCAAAGUCAGAGCAAGCAGGCUUAAGAGUGAAUGCACUGUCUGGUUAUAUGUGCAUUUAAUAAAUAUAGUUAUUUCCAUAAUUAUCUACAUGCACAAGUUAAUGCAAUUCUUUAAUAUUGUGUCCUCAUCAGGAGAGAGACAGUAGUUUACUGUGUAAAAAAGCAAAGCUUUUUUCCAAAUUGUUUAGAAUUGAGAAUGAGGAUAAAUCAUCAAAUGUCAUUGUAGGAAUAAGCGUGAAAGUCCUACUGUCUCGCCCCUGCUGGGAACACUGUGCCUUGCAGUUGGAGUCUAAGGAAACUACAUUAGAUUUUACAUGAAAUAAUUACUUGAAAGGAGACCUUUCUGCUCCAUUUGAAAAAAUCAAGUUCAUUUAUCUUUGCUGCUAAAAUACUCCCAAGCACAGUUUGUUUGGAGAUAACACAAUAAACUUGAAUCGUCUUGUAUCUUGUUGAAACUUCAAAGCAAGACAAAGCACUGGCUACCCUUUCGAUCCAGGAAGGGAAGCUAGAGCAACUUCCUCCACUUUGAAAUUUCAAUUGGCUAUCAUAUGUUUCCAAAUGUCUCACUAAACAUGUUUAGGGAAAUAUUUGUUCCAGACUGAAACCAAUACUAUCCAGGUACAAAACCAUCUCGGUACUGCUCACAAUAAUCAUUGUUUGCCAUCAGAAACGGUUAAGUGAUGCCAAAAAUGAGGAAAGGUGGACAUCACUUCUUGUUCAUGUGUUUGUGCUUCUUUUCAACCAACUAAGCAUUUUGUUUACAGCUUAAUCAAACACUUGGUGUUGAAUAGCAAACAUCCAAGAUGGUGGCAGAAAACACCAGUCAGUUAGGUUUCUAAAAAUCUUUUCAAACUCUUCUUGAUGGGCCAAGGAGGACUUUAAAGGCAAAAGGAAGAUUUCUCCAACACCAACCUUUCAGUUCAAAAAUUUGUACUUGAACAUUCAAAAUGCGAUUCACUUUAGUGUCUUUUACUCUGCCCCUUUAUCAUAGUACCCAGGUUUAGGGUGAGUUUGAAUAAACCAGGAGUCUGUUGCCUUUGGACAUCAGUACCUAACUGCAGCCAAUGCAUCCCUGUGACGAGGCAGGACUUGCUGGCUGUAGCUGGCGGAAGCUGGGCUCCGCAGGCGUCCGAGUGGGUUUUGUGAGUGUGUCAGUAAUGAAGACACUUAGUCCCAGGGGCACUUAACCCAUCAAAUCUCAACCAGGGUGCCACCUAGGUCGGUCUGUCUUUUAGACUUUUUUCCUAUUGUUUUAUAAUCAGUAUUUUUUGUUUGUUUGUUUUUCAUGUAUUUCAGGUUGUGUCUGAAUGCACUUUUAGUGUUUCUUUUAUACAUAUUUUGUAGUGACAAAUUCUGUUCGUCUGGAACACAGUAUGGUUGUCAAGGGAAAGGAUGCAGCAUUUUGACUGCUACCAUGGUCACAUAGGUGGAGGCAAGGGCUUGUUGGUUGUUCGAGUCAUGGGGGAAUUUUUAUUCUGACUCAUCUUCCAAAGGAGAAUAGUAAAUGGCGUGAUUCUGAUUUUCUGAUGUCUGUGUCAUUAGAGGCCGAUUGAUUUGAUUUUUCUUUGGUCUUGGAUCUGUUUGGUCUUUCUGUCUCCUUGAUACAGUGAAAGAUCAUAUGACCAACCAUCCCAUUGCUUCCAUCUGCUGGGACCUACUAAGUACCUCAGACAUUUGAAUGUCUUCAGUGCCUUGGAGAAACUGAACUCCUCUUUUGCAGCUACUUUCAGUAUGAUAUGAUAACGCUUCAGAUAAUUUUUUGCUAAGCAAAGCCUCAAAAAUAGUGUCUCAAUUAACUGGACUGAAAUACGCUUGAUCAAGUAUUACAGGUAGUGAGUGUUUACAGGUAGAACAUAAAUGUAGUUAUUUUCCCAUAGCAACAGUUCGUUUUUUCCCCAUGCCAACAAAUGCUGUUGGAACUAGAUCGACAAAAUAACCACUCUUUUGUUUAACUGCAUCUGGUUUGAAUAUUGAAUACCAAUGCAUUUCAUUAUUUGCGGUCUUAAUACAAAAAUAUUGCUCAUGUUUCUGAUUUGAGAAGCUCUCAAAUUUCGGCUGUGUAAGUCAACAGUCUCCCUGUUAGAGGCGCCACACCUCCCUGUGCCUAGCUAGUACGGAGGAAUCAGUUGACCAAGAGAUCGGUCAGCAUUAACGACCAGCAAUAACGACGAUGCCACAUUUCUCAGGGUUAUCAGAUAAACAACACUUCUUUGCUGCAGUAAUGUGCAGUCUAUUUCAAAAUACUAUAACUACAUCAUAUUUCUUAACACGUUAGUUGUCACCUACAGUAUAUGUCAGAGGUAGACCUACUGAUGAGUGAGCAUGAUUGAAUUGAGGUUUCAGUUUCUGUUGGGGCAGCCGAUUAAAGCUCUGUUAUGAAGUGUAUGUUCCACUAGGCAUAAUACUGUUAUGAUGCAUACCUUGCUUUUUUUAUAUGAGACAACAUACCCUGAAGGGGAUCCUGUGUUUCGUAGCCUAUAUGACACAAUUGCUUUCUUUUCAGAAUGAAAAAAAAAAAUGAAGAAGGUUAAAUAAAGAAUAGGAGAGCAACUCGUGUAGAAUGCAUGAUAUUACAGAGGAAGAGGUGUUAUGAUCAUCUUAAAGUAGCUGCAAAUCCAUCACUGUGGUUCCAAUCAUUUGGUCUUAAUGGUAAUUAUUUCUGCACUGGUUUUUGCAUGGUUUAACAUUGUCUGGCAUUUUACUCCUUAAAAUAAAGAAAAUACAUACUUAUGAAGUACUUUUUGAUACAUUCAUUAAUUUAACUAAUGCUUGAUUUUCCUCAGUCUAGUGUUAUACCUGUUGCUUUAAAACAUUUUGAUUGAAUUAAUAUUGGUUAAUGGUCUCUGCAAUGUGUGAAAAUGGAACUUAGUAGGCAUGUUGCAGACUGUGUCGGUUAUACUAAGGGUGAAAAGGGAACGAGCUCAUUUUGUUCUCCACUUUUGACAACUCCAGUGUCAUGGAAUUCGAUUAUUAUAAGUCAUAUAGCCUUGUCUUAAAGAGCAGUGUCCUACAUCAGUGGGUAUGUGGGUUUGCACAAUCCACUUAUGGACCGUUUUGCCUAUAUGCUCUUUUAGAGAGACAUUUAGUUGAUAUUUCACUGCCCUCAAUGAAUUCACUGUGCCUUUAAGAUUUGUGUGCUAGUGUGUGUAGUAUCAUGUCGCUUGACUCUGGAAUUAUUGUAAUGGGCUAAAUUUGGAUUGCUUGCUGCCUUUUCCGCUUUCUGAUUUGUUUGUGUUAAACGCAUCUUAAAGGUACAGGGUCUCUAUAGUUGAUGGGCUUCCAAAUGUCCUCCUAGACGUGAAGAGAUGUGGAUACCAGCAAAGAGCUGCACUGUUUGAAAGCAUUCUUUUGCAUCAGACCUUCUGAUCUUCGGUGGUCAAAUGUGCGUGUGGUGUUGCUUUCUUUUUUUACGUUGCAUCUUGUUUUUACCGCUGUCUUGUGUCUGAUGUCUGCCGUGUAUGUCAAGUUACUGUCGUGACCAAAAAUAUUGUCACUUGGAAACAUUUUUUACUUUUUUACAUUUAAAAAAAAAAAAAAAAAUAUUUGGCACAGUGUUAAGAAGACUAUUCAAGCAGGUUCCAUAGUGAUUCUGGACCUCUGCAUAGCUGGCAGGUCAUUUGGCAAAUGACUUGAAUACUGCCCUCACAGAUACCGCCCCAAAGAUCACGAGGCGUAACCAUAUUUUCCUACGUCCGAAAGUUUGCUUUUUGAGGGCAUUAUUUCAUCUGAACACGUUUUGUGUGAACUUUGGCAUGAUCUGUCACACCAGAGAGCGGUCCUUUGGUCUCAGUUCAUGUGACAUUUUCCUAGAAUAUUUUUUUACAUGUUCUGGUGUGGUUGGGCAAUUUAAGACGGGCCUUCUGCUGUCUGCUGGGAGCUCUCUGGCAUUUCUAGCCUUAUAACCAGUGACUAGUUGUGUGAUGGUCAGUCAGAUCUGUUUGCCAUUUGACUCAACAGCUUUCUCCCAUUCUUUGAUGAAAAUGGAUUGUGUUACAGCCAUAUGGCUGUCAUACUGUGUGGUUAAAUUAAUUUACCAGCCACUCAAGCUUUGUACCGAUCAUUUUUAUAAGCUUAUUAAAUACAAUUAUGGAAAUUGUGUAACCUGAUACAAACCUGAUUCAUUCCAUAACAGCUGUUAUUGGAGCAAUAAGAAUGGAACAAUUGAAACACUGUUUUUAUAUAUAUAUGUUUUUUUAUUUGGAAGACAUCAAAUGAAUAGAUGUGUGAACAAGGUGAGCCUUAUUGCCACAACUCAGGUAGAUGCCUAAAUUGCAUCACUGGCUUCCAGGUAGAUACCACAAGACCCCACUUACUCCUUCAUACUCUCCCCCUGACUUCAAUUACAGUAUUUCUCUCACUCUCGCCCUGGAUCUUUCGGGCUUAAAUCUCUGCUGUCUUUCUACCAGUAAGCCCACACAAGCUGUGGCAUUACGUCCUCAUGGAUUGUUCAGAUAGGCUGCGGUUGCUUUGGUGUUUACCACAACUGAAAAGUUUAACAAACUAAAAACAAAGCUGGUUCCAGCUGCCACUGGUCAGAUCAGGCAAAAAGCCACCAGGAAUGCCUUGAUUCACUUAUGUAUUAUUUAAAAUACACUGCAGUAUUACAGUGAUUUAGUAAUGACCUAUUGUUGCAUCAAGAUAUUAGUCCCACAUAUUUCAAUAUUUGAAGUGGGAAAUCGAAACUGGUAUUUCAUUGCAUCAUAAACAAGGAGACUGGAGUUUAUACUAAAUGACUAAUGCCUGGCCCCUAUGUAGGCCUGCAAACAAUCCUUUGACUGGUCUUUCCUUUUACUGUUAAAAUGAAGUUAAACAUUACUUGACGUGCAACUGAUAUAGUCAGAGUAGCGACAGUUUGGCUGGAAGUAUGUUUAGGUGGUGGUAUUAUAAACCCUGCUGUCUGACGUGUUGAAAUUUCAUGUCUUGUCAUGCCCCAACAUUCAUUCAAAUGUUAUUGGACUCCGAUAAGUAUGUUUGUGCUCCUUUGAGCUACACUUCACCUGUACUCAAUAAAACUGAACAUUUGGUUGCCCUGGCAAUAUGGUCUUUUAUGGGUGCUUUGCCUGCUAAGGUGAAAAAAGUGCAUGCAAUACCCAUCCCAUAACUUGCAUCCAUGCAACUGUAUUCAUGUAAUCUUAGCUGAGCUGUGAUUACAUUGGUUCAAUGCAACCGCUUAAUUUGUUUCUACUGCACAGAAGUGAAUGUGAGGUUUGAUAUGUGAUAUCUGAAUGUGAGACUUCUGAUAACGUCUUGCUAAUUUGUCCUGUCUGAUCUCUCACAGAAUAUCAUAUCAAAGUCAAAUUCAUAAUCCAAAUAAUCAUUAUUUGACAAAGAAGUAACUAAUUACAAUCAAAAUGUAAUCUGUAUUUGUCUUUCACAUAUUAUCCCAUUUUGUCCAACCUGCAUGAUUACUCAAUGUUCCUGACAUUGCAAAUUCCUUGAUGAUGGGAGUGCUUUCAAAAUGUAGCCUUUGCUCGAGUAUUCACAUCAUACUGCAGAAUUUUUUUGGGGGGGAGCAAAAAAUAAAUGAGAUGGUUGAGCAGGUCUCUUGAGAACAGUUCCAUUUUCACCAAAAAAUAAUAAUAAUAAUAAAAAGAAUCAUCUGAAUACUUUAUUUCAACAUAUUUUUUAUGGUGGUCAGCUUUUAUUGCUCAUUCGUUGUCUCGUUUUUAUUCCAGGAAGUUCCCUCUGAAGCAGGGAGUGUCUGCAUAUAAAAUGGUCUGCAGGUCUCUGCUUCAUAGGUCAGAAGCUGGUUUAUUCUGUUUUAAGUGGCUACGCUCAGUCCCAACCACCAAAUUGUUUGAACCACUAUAAGAAAAAGAACCAAUUGGCAUGCAUCAUCUUACACAUGACAGGGAUGAAGAUUCUUAGUGUACCAUUUAACUUAAAGUGAAAUAGCUUGGCAUUUUUAGUGUAAAUAUACAUAUAGUGACUUUACACACUGCCUUAUCAAUUAUAAAAGAUUUGAAACACAAAUGAAAAACCUACAAUUGCUAACAAAUAUUAGUUUUGCUCAUUUUAACAAAUACGCAUUCCCAAAUUAAUGUUUGCCCCCCACCCCCACCUAAUUUUUCUUUAUACUUUCUUUUUAAUAAACAUUUCAUCAAUGAAACAACCUUUAUAAUUUUUUUUCCCAAGUUGCACACAUAACACUCAGCCACACACUCACACCAUGAUGCAUUAAAACAAAAGGAAAAAAAAGAAAACAAAAACAUAAUAAUAAAAGGAUCAGAUUAUAAUUGGGAUGAAAUUUUUGUUUAAAAAAAAAAAAAAACAGUCGUUGCUCAAAUUUCGCUGCUUGAAUGGGACUGCUAGCCAGCAUAUGUGUGGAGGCCUUUAUUCACUGUCUAAUUGUGCACACUGCAGAUGCUUCAUCCACCUCCUCUCCUCUGACCAUGGGAAGUCCCCGCAGUGCUUUUCCCACCUCUUCCAGCUCUAAGACGCACUCCUCUACCUCAGCCACUGUGCGGCCACCCGCAUCCAGCACCUGCGCUCCAGGAGAAGUAAGUAGUCGGGGGUUGUCCGAGCUGUUGGAUGCAGAGGGCAAACUGUGUGGAAGCAGCAGCACCACCAGGUCCAUGGGAAAGAAAGGAGCAGGAGCAGGAGCAGGAGGAGGAGGAGGAGGAGGUGGUGGCAGUGGAGGAGGAAUGGCUGCCCAGCAGACCCAGCCGCAUCACCCGAUGACUCCAUCCAAGCGCUCCGUGUUGAACAUCUCGCCGCCGCCAGAGGACCUCUUUGACGACAGCCGCAUGUCCUGUCAGGACGAGCUGUCGCUGGACUCGGAGCAGAGCAACAGCAUCUGGACGGAUAACUCGGUGUCUAACUUCAGCAUCGUCAGCUCCAGCUCCUACAACGACAACACAGAGGUGCCGCGCAAGGCCCGCAAGCGGACGCCACGGCAGAGGCCCGGACCAAAGCCCAUCUCGCAGCAGGAGACCAGCAUGGACAUGUUUGAUGCCGACAGUGCCAAAGCGCCCCACUUCGUACUCUCCCAGCUGGGCCCCGACAGCAAGGCCAGCACCAAAGGAAGUUCUACAGACGGACCACAGGGGCCCGGUCCAAAAGGAGGCAUUCUCUGUGGGCAGUUCCCCCAGAAGAGCGAGGGCAAGGAGCUGAAGAUCCUCGUGCAGCCGGAGACGCAGCACAGAGCCCGCUACCUUACUGAAGGCAGCCGAGGGUCCGUCAAAGACCGCACCCAACAGGGUUUCCCCACUGUCAAGCUGGAAGGUCUGAACGAUGCAGUGGUUCUGCAGGUGUUUGUGGGUAAUGAUGUGGGAAGAGUCAAGCCCCACGGGUUUUACCAGGCUUGUCGGGUAACUGGCCGUAACACCACAGCUUGCAGGGAAGUCGACAUUGAGGGCACCACCGUCAUUGAAGUAUCCCUUGAGCCAAGCAACAACAUGACCUUGGCGGUGGACUGUGUGGGGAUCCUGAAACUGCGCAAUGCGGACGUGGAGGCUCGCAUCGGGGUGGCCGGCUCCAAGAAGAAGAGCACCCGGGCCAGGCUGGUGUUUCGGGUGAACAUCCUGCGGGCGGACGGCUCGGUGCUCACGUUACAGACACCCUCCUCGCCCAUCCUGUGCACCCAGCCUGCUGGUUUGCCGGAGAUUUUGAAGAAGAGUCUACACAGCUGCUCUGUAAAUGGUGGAGAGGAAGUCUUCAUCAUCGGGAAGAACUUCCUCAAGGGCACCAAAGUCAUCUUUCAGGAGAACAUAGGAGAUGAGAAGUCAUGGAAAGCAGAGGCAGAAAUCGACAUGGAACUCUUUCAUCAGAACCAUGUAAUAGCGAAGGUUCCCCCUUAUCAAAACCCCAGUAUAUCCUCUCCUGUAUCUGUUGGGAUCUUUGUGGUGACCAGCGCAGGCCGCUCUCAUGAUGUACACGCCUUCACGUACACUCCAGAACCCGUUAACAUUGAGGUACCAGUGAAGAAGGAAGUGUCCUCUCCAGUGAAGCCCUGCUCCUAUGAACAGAUGAAAGCAAUGGAUAGUGCCUUAAUACCCCCGGUUAUACCUCUUGUUAAAAGAGAAGAUGUUACUCCAAUGGAGGUGUCCAGUAACCCUUUGUCUUCAAGUGUUUUCAAGCAGACCCAAGAUGUGAUGAACUCAACUCAACAGACCUCCAGUAUCCCCACCAACAGUGGCUCCUUCUCCAACCCCCUGCCUUGCCAGCAGGGUGAACAGGACCAGAGCCAAAGUACCGCUUUUGCCAGCAAAGAGGCCUUGAGCACCAUACAGAAACAGGACAUUGCACCUGCUAGUUCUUUCCCAGUGUCUGGGAAGUCUAUGCUCCCACAAGGACCUUUUAUGAUGCAGGGUAUGGAGCAGGAGAGGUCUAACAGUAACGUGGGCACAGUGGUGUCUCUCUCCCAGCUGGGCGAUGCUUCCCAGCAGCAAACCCAGCAGCUUCCGCUCCUACCACUGGAUGAGGUGGCACAACUGGAGCAAGCUGUCCGUCAGCUGCAAGCCAAGGGUUACUGCAGCCUUCCGCUGCAGUCAGAGAAUUCACUGGCUAAGCAGCAGCAGCAGAAACAGCUUCAGCAGCAACAACUGCAACAGCAGCAGCAGCAAAUUCAGCAGCAACAAAUCCAGCAGCAACAGCAGCAGAUUCAACAACAGCAGCAGAUUCAACAACAGCAGCAGAUUCAGCAGCAGCAGCAGCAACAGCUUCAACAACAGCAACAACAACAACAGCAACAACAGCAGCAACAACAACUUCAACAGCAGCAGCUUCAACAACAGCAGCAGAUUCAGCAACAACAGAUUCAGCAGCAACAGCUUCAGCAACAGCAGCAGCAGCAACAACAACAACAACAACAACAACAGCAGCAGCAGCAGCAAGCCCUCGAGAACCUUCAACAUCAGAUGUUUCCAGCGCAGAUACCAAUGUCCCAAAAUCCCUCACAGACCAUGGUACAGAACAGUGGCUCUCUCUUCCAGUCAUCCCAACAGCAGCAGCAGCAGCAGCAACAACAGCAGCAGCAACAACAACAGCAACAACAGCAACAGGCAGCUCUAUUCCAGCAAGCCAAAGACCUCCUCUCGAUCCAGACCGGUUUCCUCCAGCAGACUCCUUCCCACACCUCACCACCUCUGUUCCACAACCCCAGUCCCAUGUCUGACAACCAGGACCCACAGGGGGGACUUUUCCACACCCCAAAGACAUCUCCUACUCAGGAGCAGGUUCAAGCAGCCCUUUUCCAGAACAGUCUAUCAGCUCUGAAUGGCUCCACUCUCCCAGCAGAACCCCAGGCCUCUGCUACGAGCAUGUUCCUCUCUCAGAAUCCUCUGCCCGGUCCACUGCCGGUAAACGGAGGUCAUCAACAGCAGCUCACUUUCCUGAACUCUCUGCAGACACAGAGUCUUGAGACUCCGUCUGUGUUCCAGAAUCAGGCCCAAAUGUCUGCCAUGCAGCAAAGCACCCCUAUGGACCAGCAGCAAUGCCCACAGCCUCCGCAGCCUACCCCUCAACAGGGAAACCUCUUUCAGACCCUUACACACUCAGCCUCCAACAAACUCCCACAGACUCAGCCACAGCAAGCUGGCCUGCUGUUCUGCAGCAACCCUCUGCCUUCUGUCAAUCCUGAGCAGGCCUCAAGCCUGCUGUUCGGGAACCAGACCCAGAUGUCCCCUCUGAGCACCAGUACCAUGUCAUCCCCAGAGCAGGCCAACCCCAGCCUUCCCUUCUCCCAAGCCAGCAUGGUGACUGUGAGCAGGCCGAGCUCCUCGGAGCCCAUGUCAUUCCAAAACCAAACGUCUUCGGUGGGGGGGCCCACAGCGAACAAGCCGCUCCAGCCCAGCAUGUUCCAGGACCAGCAACCCAUGCUGUUGACCCCCAGCUCUAAUGGAGGGUCUGCACAGUCUGUUACGCUCUUCAUGGCCCAGUCUAACGUAUCCCAAGAGCUGCCCCAGGCUUCACUGUUUGCCUCUCAGAAUGGAGUAGCAGGGCUCCAAACCACCACCUCUUCGCCUGUGCAGCAGCCAGGAGCUCUUUUCCAGUCAGCAGUGAAUGGGACCCUCAACCAACCUGGACAGACCCAGCAGGCUGGACUCUUCCUGUUUGACCUGCAGAAUGAUUGUGGUGGAUUGAUGAAUUCUGCUGGAACCACAUUGUCGGAUCAGAUCAUCGCCAUCAGUCAGUCGGGUCAGAACCAGAGAGAGGCUGAGGGCCAGAUCCAACCAAUGCUCACCCAGUCUAUUUCUGAAUCUGGCACAUUGCAAAACAGCAUGGCUGCCAAUCAGAACAUAGAGAAAAUUGAUGACCUUCUUGUAAGCCUUCAUGAGCAAGGCAACAAUCUGUCUCGCUCCUAUUAGAGGAUCCUCUAUUUUGACAGGACUUCCUGCUCUUCUUUGACUGAUGGUCUGAUGGCCAGACCAAAACCAAGAGGCCAAUAGGUGUUACACUGAUUUCCACUGUUUGAAAUUUAACCGAGGCAAUAUCAAUGAUGUACUGGAUGAGGAUGAGGAUGCAAGGUGGAGUUGACACAGUACACCUGUGUAGGAUGAUCAGGCAUGGCAUUCUGGGAAGAUCUGUGUCUCCUAUUUCCUCUUUGGGAAUGGCUACAUGUUUUUUUUUUUUUUUUUUUUGUCGUCUCUCUCUAACUGUGAAUGACAAGGAUCAUAGGAAGAAAGUUUGGUGUUGUCCCGUUUAGUAGUCUGAAGUGCAGUUUUUGUUUCGCUUCGUUUUGUUUGUCUGUUUGUUUGUUUGUUUGUUUGUAAUUACACUUUGACACAAGUGCACAUGCAUGUGUCCUGUAGUAUUCAGGACAUGAUGACGUGUCCUUUUAACUGUUUAUAACAUUUUGUCAUUUUAUAUUAUAAUUAACUAUUUUAGAUUAAUCAAAUGUCAUAUUCAAACCAUAGAAAUCCAAGAGUAACACUUGUAAUGUGGCCUGUGUUCUCCCUUUCCCUAAGCACUUUAUAAUGUUCUCCAUUGUGACCAGUUUCUCCUUAUGGUGGACCCGACGUUUUAAGGCUAUUAGCAUUUUACCUUGACUAGUGUUUACUGUUUGUAUAUUUCCUUUAAACUCUCUUCAUGCAUAUUUCAGGAGGAUUUACUUUUGUAUUAAGUACUGAAUAUUUUCUGACUUAAUACGUUCAAUACAUCAUAUACUGAAUCAAGAGAGGAAUCUACCUUUAGGUCAUUUAAUAUUCAUUCACUCACAAUUUUAUCAUGUGAACGUUAAUGACUAUUCCACAUGCAUCUGAUUGCAUACAUAUUUAUCAUAUGAACGUUGUAUGCCUAACAGUAUACUGAGUACAUGCUUCAUGGAAAAUAUUUUGGUUUCUAAGUAUUUUUUUCAUGCCUUGCAUCCAUGUUUGGAAUAGAAUCAUUUAAUUGCUUCAAACCCUUUAUGAGAAUUCUGCAUAUGCUGCCAUAUUACAAUGGAUGGCAGCCAAUUCAUCAUUUACCUUUUUUAUGCCAUGGUGCUACUUGCUGGAAGAGCAUAGCUUUUUGCCAUGCUAUUAAAUACUUUCAAUCAUUUUGUAAAUAGUAACAUUUACCUUACUGUAAAAUACAGUACCAAUAUUCUCAUGUUAAACCAGCCAACUGAGAAUUAGCCACGCAGUCUCGCCUCAUAUCAGGCUUCCUGGCCAGUUUUAUGGCUUGACUGGGUUUGGUAGUUCAUGCGUUUUCUGCAACGUUAAGAGACUGGCCAUUUUUUGUUGUGCCUAAACCAUGUAGUGGGUGUGUUCAUCAUCUCUCUAAAUCUCAAUGUCUGGCAUGUUGUAAAGCUGUCAAACUGGUUUGUGUGGUCUGUUUUUAUGCGUUUUAGUUGUUUGGGAUGGAGGACUUGUUGAUGUUGUUUUUUUUUUUUCCGUUAAUAUAGAUAGUAUUCACAUUACCAGGGGCUGGUCUCGCUGAUGACUAAUAGCUGGAUUUAGCCUCACUCUUGAUGUUGAUUGUUUAUCUGGGGUGAAUAUUCUUUUUCCACUGUCUUCAUUAUCCUCUGAUUAAUUUGACUGUCGGUCAGGUUGUUAUAAGGAGAGUGUGAAAUCUCUGGGAAAAUGAUGUCUGAUGUUCGAUUGAAGAGCUUGAGUGGUGUCCUUUUAGAUGUUUAAAGGGACCCAUUGGCGAGGGAUGAGUCACACCGCCUCUAAAUAAAUGCUUAGUUUGGCUUUCAUCUCUUUUAAAUGCUGUUGGAUGUGUUUCUGUACUGUCAUGAAUAUUUAUGUGGGAAAUGCACACUUCUAUUAUGUUUUCAUAUUAUCUCUUUUCAUGUAACCAUAUCUAAUUUAUUGUCUGGAGUGUGUAGUGAUUGCUUCCUCUCCCUAGGUUUUUAGCACUGUAAGCAAUGUACACAGCCUAUGUUAUAGAAUGUCAGUGGACACACUUUCUAUUUUUCCAUCUUAUAUUGAAAAUUGGUAAUAUAUUUCUCUAUUGGCCCAUGUUAGAGGCUUAUCCCAAGCAUAUCCCAUGAUUAAGGGGACAUAUUUUCAGAUUGUGGGUGUUCAAAUGUACCCUGCUCACAGCGAUACAGUUGUACAUUCCUGUAUAUUCACUUCACUUCUAUGUAUCAAAUGCCAUGUUUAAAUAAAUUGGAUUGUAUUUUUUUUUAUCCAGAGCAUAUUUGUGAAAUAGAAAUAGGACUGUAAAAAUUGAUCGAUAGUUGUCAUAAGUGAAAGAACACAAUGAAAUGCCAUGCCAAUUAUGAAGCCAUACAAAGAAAAUAAUAUCUAUCCCCAUUCUUAGAGAGUAUGUAUUAUGUAGACAAGUGUUAAUGGUAUAGGCUGCUGCAGUUGCCACCUUUUACAUUGGACCAAUUGCAAACGAGUACAUUCUUUAUCUAUAUUAAUAUUCAUAUAUAUUCUUGUGAAAGAUUGUAUACACUCGAGUUGAACUUGAUUUCUAAUAUAUGAGAAAUGUAAUCUUUUUAUCAGACAUUAAACCGAUGUCACAACUAGAAUAUUUUAGUGAAAUUCAGUGUAUGUAUUUAAGAUUAAAAAUAUAUGAAUAGGCCUAUUUACAUGAUCACACACCUAGUAGGGAUCACAGGCAAAUUGAUUCACUUUUUUAAACAAAUGUAUCAGUGACUUUUACCAUCCCCAGGGUCCUUAUUAAUUAAUUUGCUUCGUGUUUUCAUUUUCUUUUUGUAGGUUUUAUUUGUAUUCUCUGUAAAACGUACAAAAUGUCGACAAUUCAUAUGUGAUCAAAUGAAAAGUAACAGUCAUACAUAUAGAGGUGUCACUCAGUGAAUUGGAGGAUAUAUAUUUGUGCCUUGACAAACUUUAUAUUUAUAUGGAAACUACUUUUGCUCCGGUGGUGCCUGUUGCACAACAGUGUCACAGUUUUCAGUGGUUGUUGUCCUAUCUCAAUGUUAUAUAUAGCAAGUCACCAGAACUGUGGCCUAAUUAUGGCAACUCAAUAAGUGUACUGUGAUGUGCAAUUUUGUUUGUGCAUUUAGUGUUAUUUGUACAACCAAAUUCAUAGCAUUUGUUGUUCGAAGACGUCAGUGUCGUUGACAUUUUUAUCUCAACCUGCCAUGCAGUUUGAUUCCAUACAAUAUUAAAUCUGUUACUGUUUAAGAAUGUUUUCUACUUGGGCUUUCUCUUCAUUCUUUGUAACAAAGGAUUACUCUGACUAAUAUAAAUCUGCUGGUAAUUGAUCUAGCCUUUUAAAAUAAAUUAUAAUUUUGUAGAAGGCCUCUAACCAUUUACGAUGCCAGUAAACUCACAGCUAUUUGAAUGAAAAUGAUCUCAAUCAAUGAAAUGGGGGAAACAAAUUUGUCACUUUUUGUUUAAGUGUAUUUAUUAAAGUUUUAUCUGAAAAUUCAAUUAGUAAAUGCAUUGCCCUUGUUCUGAACCAUAGAUCUCUGUUUCUGUUUUGUUACCAUGAUGCACUGUAUCAGUUAUUGAGUACAGAUUGCAUACAUGUUUUAGCUACCGUGUGAACAACUUCUUAAUCAUUCAAAUCUAUUAAACAAAGAAAUACAAAUACAUAUUUUUGCUUUAUUGGGGCAUUUGUAUACUUUUGCAGUUAUAUUUCUGUAAACUUGCUGCUAUCUAUCAAUAAAAUAGAUCCUAAAUGUACAA